AUGUCUGAAACUAGUGAAACAAUUUUAAGUAUCUCGCUGUUAAAAAACAGUAUUGAAACUAUACUUACAAAUAUUGAAGAAUUAGAAAGGAUUAAAUCCGAUAACGGAGAUUGGGGAAUACAUGUGAAUAGAUUGAAGCAACAAACAGAAAAGUUAAUAGAGAAAGUGGAGAGUGCGCCGUUAGAACAAUUAACUAAGGUGUUGAAGAAAAGAAAACUAAAACGUCAACGAAAGAAAUAUAAAUUAAAACAAAUCAAAGCUGAUGCUAAAAAUAGAACUACAUCCCAAAACAAGAAAUCAGAGAGAAUCUCAAACAUUCAACAAAGUAAUAAAUAUCCUUCGAAUCCGUCUUAUGUUAGAGACAUAUCUUCCGUAAAAAAGUGUCAUCAUAUUCGUUUGUUGAAGCAACAUGAUGCUCAACGUUUUCUCCGAACAUUUGAUUUAUUAAAAAAGCUACAUUUUUCACGUGGUCAGAACGUGCAUAAUACAAAAGAAUUUGCUGAACAACUACGUGAUUUGCGAAUAUUUUGGGGAAAAAUAUUAGAUGAAAAUAACAUAGAAUGUACACAAGAACGGCACGUAGAGGAUCAAUGGAAUGAGACUAUUUUCGGAUCCGCCGAACAUUCCUGCUAUGACGGUGAACAAAAAAUAAGCGACUUCCUACGAAUACGGCGCAUUUGGGAUAGCUACUUGACGCGUAGUAAAAAUGGUUCUUCUAUACCUGUUGGUUGGAUUUUUCCUAGUGAAAACGCCAGUUCAGAAUGGCAGCAAUACCGAAUCAUUUGACCAUGUGAAUGGUUGCGUUUACUUGUUUUUUAUGUAAUACUUUUUAAAUUAAUAAACUUUCACUACUUUUCAAAUAAAAUAUUGUAAACAAUACGUUAAAUUA